CUGGUGGGCGGGGCUCCAGGGCGGCGGGAACUGCAAUUGGUGUCUUUGAAGGUGCAGCAGGCGGGAACAGCUGAUGAGGAGAGAGCCGGCCGGCGAUGUGGGACGGUGAGAGGAUCCCUGGCGGCAUGGCAUCGGGCCUCCGAGCGUGGCGGGAGCCUUGAAGAAGCCACGUCCCACGCCUCUGAGACGACUCUUUCGCGACUGCCGCAAGUCCCAAGGUGCGGGAUUGGCCCUUGGUCUCGGGCCGGAGGCUGGGGACUACAGUUGAGGCUGAGUGCCAAAGAGAUGGAUGAAACUGUUUCCGAGUUUUUCAGGAGGACCAUCUUGAAAAUCCCAUUGACUGAAAUGAUGACAAUACUAAAAACCUGGAAUUUUUUGUCUGAAAAUCAACUGCAGACUGUAAACUUCCGGCAGAGAAAGGAAUCUCUUGUUCAGGACUUGGUUCUGCUUUGUGAGGAGAAUCGUGCAAGUCUCAAUGAUGGAGCCCUUUUAGACAUCAUUUAUACUCAAUUUCAUCGGCAUCAGAAAGUUUGGGAUGUUUUUCAGAUGAGUAAAGGACCAGGUGAAGGCACUGACCUUUUUGAUAUGGAACAAUUCAAAAGUUCAUUCAAGAAAAUUCUUAAGAGAGCAUUAAAAAAUGUGACAGUCAGCUUCAGAGAUGCUGAGGAGAAUGCAGUAUGGAUUCGAAUUGCCUGGGGAACACAGUAUAGAAAGCCAAACCAGUACAAACCUGCUUACGUGGUGUAUUAUUCCCAAACUCCAUAUGCCUUCACUUCUUCCUCCCAACUGAAAAGCAAUCUCCCCCUUCUGGGUCAGGCACUGACAAUUGCUAGCAAACACCAUCAGAUUGUGAAAAUGGACCUCAGAAGCCGGUAUCUGGACUCUCUUAAGGCUAUUGUUUUUAAACAGUAUAAUCAGAGUAACUCGACACUGUCUUUUGAAGCUGAUUAUAUUCUGUUCUGCAAGAGAGAAGCGGAAUAUUUUGUCCCAUCAGUCAAGCAGACCUUUGAAACUCACAACUCUACUACACCUCUACAAGAAAGAAGCCUUGGGCUAGAUGUAAAUAUGGAUUCAAGGAUCAUUCAUGAAAACAAAACAGAAAAAGAGAGAGUCCAUAGAGUGACUCAAGAAAUUUUUGGAGACUAUCCACAACCAAGACUAGAAUUUGCACAAUAUAAGCUUGAAACGAAAUUCAAAAGCGACCUAAAUGGGGGCAUCCUGGCUGAGAGAGAAGAACCCCUCCGGUGCCUGGUUAAGUUCUCUAGCCCCCAUCUUCUGGAAGCACUGAAAUCCUUAGCACCAGCCGGUAUUGCAGAUGCACCACUUUCUCCAUUGCUCACUUGCAUACCCAAUAAGGGAAUGAAUUAUUUUAAAAUUAGAGAUAAAUAAGAUGUAUGUGGUUUUGUAAGCACAGCAUCCUUGACUGUAUUGCAUAUGCAUUUUAUAAUGACUAGCUGGAUAGCUUCUAUCUGCAAACUUGUUUUAGAGAUUAAUCCUUGAUGUUGAUGAUUUAGAAAUGUUCAAUAUAAUUCUUGGGACUGAUUCUUUCCUCCUCCUGCAAAGCAUAGCAGUUGUGGGACUUUAAGAUGGGAUAGGAUGUCUUUUUUCUCACUCCUGUCUCUCAAUCCCGGAGAGGUCUGGUUCCAGUUGCUGGUUUCCAGGGAUUUUCUCUUAAGCCUUGGAUCACAGAAAGAAGCAACAAGAAACUAUACCCAACGCAAAACUUCCCAGGAGAAUCAUAAAAUUGGUCCAUUCAAAAGGUAGAAUUGGGCCCAUUAAGUUAUUAUUGCAGGAGGUAGCCUAUCAGUUGAUUCAGCUAUAUAAAAUAAUGAUUUCAUUGUAAAUGUGAUACUUCUCAUCUAUUUUAUCAUACAUAUGGCAUUUGAACUGACAGAUAAUAUACAGGUUUGUGAAUAAAGAUAUUUAAAAAUGGGUGUAUCGGUCACUU